AUGAAGCGCGUUCAUGUGGAUAACUACGCCCCAAAGUACUACAGCGGCAAGUGGUCGUGGGAUUCGGAGAAAGACUGCCUCCACUUUCAGGCUCAUAAUGAUCUGGAAAACGCCCGGGAGCGCUAUAUAACCACCAAUGGCUACAAGUUCCUGCGCACCAUCGACCAGGAGGAGGAGCUCAUCUUCCGACAGGAGUAUUUGCUACCGAAAAGCAACUACAGUGACGUUGUGGUGGUCGGAGAUAUUAGAAACUUGGUUCUCUACCUAAUGCCUAAAGAAUUUCUAAGCUACAAGUUCGUUGAGUUCAUGUACGAGCAAGAUACGCACUUGUUGCUUCACUCCUUGAUUAUAUAUUUUGAGCACUAUUUGCGAAUGGUCGAGUUUAUACUCAUACGUCGGGAUGAGCUGUCGGGUUCGCUUGGUCAGGUGCAGAGCGAGCAGACCAAUGAUAUGAAACGAACAUUUUCGGUAUAUUUGAGCCAGUAUCGUAUGCUUGUUGCCCGAAACUACUGCCGCAUCAUCGGGGGCGAGGACAGAAUGGCCAAGUACUACCACAUGAAGCCGAUUUCCAACAUAUCAGCAACGAUCCACGACAAGUACUUCCAUGAGCAUUUCCUGGCCGUGGCAAUCCAGAUUGUGUGGAUCUGCAUGCAUCGCCGGGCGUACUACGUUAUCGAAAUGGAGAUGAAUCGCCUUUUCCGGUCGGAGCACUUUGUUUCCGCCCACCCUGAAUACCUCACAUUCACUGAAUCGGAGCGCAGUCUUCUCUACGGCAGGAACAAAAAGAACUAUAACUACCGAAUUCAGGACUCGCCGCUUGUGCAGGAGCUUAAGCUGGUUCCUGAGGAGGAUUUGCCAAUUUUGUGGAUAGGCGAACGCAAGUACAGGGGCAAUGAUAUCCGCAUUGCCGAGAUUGAGCUGGAGUACAUUGUGCCUGGAUCACAGCUCCGCUUUAUAAAUGUAUCGCACGGCAUCAUGGGCCAUCCCAAGAAUCUCUACAACACGCUCCUCAGCCUCGACUGGCCGGCUGUACGCUUCUCGAACUUUUCGGAGAAGUUCGAUCCGUACCAUAUAAUCAAGCGACCUUACCUGCAAAUUCCCAAAAUAGGAGAGCUUCACUUGCGUACAAUGAGCGAGAGAUAUGAACACUUCUACCAGAUCUGCAAGGCUCAUGAGCCAGUCACCCACCAUCAGAUCUGCAAGUGGGUCAAACGAGACAUCAACAUAGCGUUCUUUCGGUCCGGCGGUCUGCUCACGAACGUGGUCUCGCGCUGCGAGAAGGAGCUGGAGAGCACAUCUUCAGGACCUAGGGUCGAUCAGAUCAUUUCCAACUAUUUUAAGAUGAUGAAGAAAAUACGCAAGGAGGAUAGAGAUGGGGAUGUGGUUCUAUCGUCUUCUCGUAGUAGUGUUACGGAGCGAUUCAGUCUACUUAAGGGGUCAAGAAAACCAACCUAAUUUUGUACUUUAAUAGUAACUUCUUGCAUAUUAAUAAAUAUACACGAAACUCAACAAAAGCUAA